AUGGAGAUUAAGAUACGGCGACGAGGUCGGGACAUAGUGGAGAAAACGGUGGCAAAGAAUGAAGAAGAGGAGGAGCAACCCCUGAGCCCCACUGCGCGUCUGUUUCACGCGCCUGAGUUUAACUGCAACAUCAUAUCGGUGAUUGGUUUGAAGGGUAAGAUCGAGCCAGAUAUGAUUAUCGAAGGAAUAAAACAGACCUUGAUUAAACAUCCUCGUUUCUCCAGUACAUUGGUGAACAGUGGGAGCAAUAGUAGUCAAGAACCAAAAUGGGUCCGGACAAACGUGGUGGUCGAGGAUCACGUCGUCAUUCCCAAAAUAGAAACGCAGAACGUAAACGCAGACGCUUUUCUCGAGAGCUACGUCUCCGACCUCACUACGAUCCCAUUAGACACCUCGAAACCAUUAUGGGAAGUCCACUUACUCGACUUGAAAACCUCAGACGCUGAAAACAUUGCCAUUCUAAAGAUCCAUCACUCGGUCGGCGACGGUAUGUCUCUAAUGUCUCUAGUCCUCGCGUGUACGCGUAAAACAUCAAAUCCCGAUGAGAUCCCAAGACUACCAUACAAGAACCCGUCGUCGUCUGGAUCAACGUAUGGUUCAAGAGGUGGUUCCCGGUUAUUGUUGCUGGUUAUGGUUAUAUGGUCGGCGAUUAUGAUGGUUUUCAAUACGGUUUGUGAUGCUUUGGAGUUUAUUGCUACGAUAUUGUUCCUUAAGGACACCGAAACACCGAUCAAAGGCGAUUUUCAGUUAACUAAGAGUAAACGGAUGUGUAUAGUUCAUCGCACCGUGAGUUUUGACGACAUAAAGCUAAUCAAGAACGUCAUGAAAAUGACUGUCAACGAUGUUAUACUUGGAGUAUCUCAGGCUGGUCUCUCGCAAUAUAUAAAGAGAAGAUACGGAGAACAAGAAGAAUCGAUGCCUAAAGGAAUAAGGCUAAGGGCAGCUGUGCUUGAUCUAGCUGAUAUGAUGGCUAAAGGAUCCACAUGUAGAUGGGGAAAUUGGUUCGCCUACAUAGUCUUUCCGUUUUCUAUUGCAUUACGCGAUGACCCAUUGGAACAUCUCCAAAGAGCUAAGUCCAUCAUCGACCGGAAGAAGAAGUCAUUAGAAGCCGUGCUAACGUUCAUCGUCGGUAAUUUCCUUAUCAAAUUCAUUGGGGUUCAGAGGUCAGCAAAUGUAAUAAAGAGAGCAUUGUCGAACACAACGAUGUCGUUUUCAAACUUGGUUGGACCUAUUGAAGAAAUCAGCUUCUAUGGACAUCCGGUCACUUACAUGGCCCCAAGUGUUUAUGGUCACCCCCAUGCGUUGACGAUGCAUUUUCAAAGUUAUAACAACAAGAUGACUAUUUCUUUAACCGUCGAUCCAACGGUCAUUAAUGAUCCUCAUCGGCUAUGUGAUGACUGGGAGGACUCUCUGAGAAUCAUCAAAGCUGCUGUCCAGGAAAGAGGUUCCCAUUCAGUAGGUUAA